GGCAGGCAAUAGAACUAAAGCUUCAGCAAAGAAACUAAGGAAAGCAAAAGAGAAAAAAAAUGGCAGACAGAAACCCAUGUAGGAGUCUGUGCCAAGGGCUUGUCAAAGCUAAAGCUUUCCUGGCAAUGGUGUCUCUGCAAUUUGGGUACUCAGGAAUGUAUAUUAUCACCAUGGUUUCUCUCAAGCAUGGCAUGAGCCAUUAUAUACUUGCUGUCUAUCGCCAUGUUGUUGCAACUCUUGUCAUUGCUCCUUUUGCUCUUGUUCUUGAAAGGAAAAUAAGGCCAAAGUUGACACUCCCUAUCUUCUUAAGAAUAAUGCUGCUUGGUUUUCUAGAGCCAGUGCUUGAUCAGAACUUGUACUAUGUGGGAAUGAAAUACACAUCAGCAACAUUUGCAUCUGCUUCAGUCAAUGUUCUUCCUGCCAUAACCUUUAUUUUGGCAAUUAUUUUCAGAUUGGAGAGGGUGAACGUGAAGAAGAGGCAUGAUGUAGCAAAGAUUGUCGGAACAGGAAUCACAGUUGCAGGAGCAAUGGUUAUGACUUUGUACAAAGGUCCAAUCCUCGAGUUCAUAAAGUCACAAGGAGUUGGAAGCCACCAUGGAAGUAGCAGCAGUGAAGCCAGUAGCCAGCAUUGGGUUACAGGGACACUAAUGCUCCUGGCCAGUUGCUGUGGCUGGGCAAGUUUCUUCAUAUUGCAAUCAUUUACUUUGAAGCUAUACCCAGCAGAGCUCUCUCUCACAGCCUUGAUAUGCUUAACGGGUGCGGUAGAAGGAGCAGCUGUGUCUCUCGUCAUGGAACGUGACAUGAGUGCCUGGAGAAUAGGCUUUGAUUCCAAGCUACUUGCUGCUGCUUACACUGGAGUGGUUUGCUCUGGAAUUGCAUAUUACGUGCAAGGAAUGGUAAUCAAGGAAAGAGGCCCUGUUUUUGUAACCUCUUUUAGCCCUCUGUGCAUGAUCAUCACUGCAGCUCUGGGAACCAUUAUUCUAGCCGAGCAACUUCAUCUUGGAAGUGUAAUUGGAGCAGUUCUCAUAGUUCUUGGACUUUACACUGUUGUGUGGGGCAAAAGCAAGGAUCAAACAAGCUCACAACCACCAGCAUUGACAAAUGAGAAAAUUGGGAAUCUGGAAUUGCCAAUCACUGAUACUACUGCUAAACCAGCAACUAAAUUUGAUGAUGAUUCCAUCCAAUAUGAAACUUCCAAGAUUCCAGCGAAAAGCACCCUGCUCCUAGCUUGAAAUAAUUGUGGACAACUGUACAAUAAUUUAUCAUGUUGUAGGAUGAGUAUGGGACUAUAUAUACGCAUAUAUAGCCCUAUCUUUUAUAAGUGUACGCUGAGAUUUUGAUUACUAAUUUAUCAUAUUUUUCUCUUUGACAA